GGCUACAACAUCUCACCACCAUGGUGAGCCAGCCUGACCUGGUCCUGCCGGUGAGGGAACCAGACAGGAGCUGGGAGUGGGGGGUGCAUAAGAAGAAGGAGAGGGGGAAGGAGAUGGAGAGAGACUCCUGGGCUGAUUGCACUAGCAGGGAUUAUUCUGGCACCCAAAAUACAAGCAGGGAGAAAAGCUUUGGUAAUUCUUCUGCUAGACAAAAACAACCCGAGGUCCAAACUGGAAGUAGAGAUGCGCCACCAGCCAAUCGGAGCGAUCCUGUCACCUCAGAGAAAAAGACAGAAGGUUGUUUCUCAGGCCCGCCUAGCCCGGCCUUCUCCCUUGAUAGCAACAGCCCCUUCGCUAAUGGCCUCCUCCAUUUUGAGUCCUCCUUAUUUGAGGAUGACGACAAUGAUCAAGUGCGAGAGGCGGUGUCGCCCAUGGGAGGCUUGCAGGACAAACAUGGGAGGGCGGGGAAUGUUCUUCAGUCCACUCCUGGAGACUUAAAUUCGGACUCUAAGGAUGCUACCCUGUCGUCAGCCAAGGUCGUCACCCGGUCCCAGUCCUCGGGUCAACGCAGGAGAUACUGGGAUGGCUCAGAGGAUGAGUGGGAGAGCGACACCGAUCUGUUCCUGUUUGUGGAUAGUCCCUCAAGGCAUUCAAUGAACAGCCUGAAGAAAAAGCCUUUGCCGCCUGUGAAGUUUUUAGAGGGUGAGAUUAUUUGGGCAAAGUUCAGCCGAAGACCCUGGUGGCCCUGUGAGGUGAUCAUUGACCCCGUACAGGGAAUCUAUCACAGAGUGAAAGAGCCCAGUGACCGGCCCUGUCGGCUCUACCAUGUCAGGACCUUUGGUGAGCCUGUGGAGCUCCUCUGGGUGGAGGAAAAAUCAACUCACACUUUCCAUGGAGUCUUUGAAUUUGAACAGCUCCCCCUACUGCGCCGGAGGGGGAAGCAAAGGGAGCAGAACUACAAAUACACUAUUGCGAAGCGUUAUCAGGACUCCUGGAAAUCCAGUGUGGCAGAAGCUGAAUCUGUUCUCCCGGAGAGACCCAAAAUGGCUUCCUCUGUUUCUUCGUCCAUAGAUGAGGCCUUCCACGACAGCUCCACACCGGAGAGAGAGAGCAAGGCCCAUCCGACCUUUCCUCCCUCCACUUCACCUGUCUCCACCCUGCCUGAGACAUCACACAUGACCAAUGGAUCCAUUUCAUCCCCAGUUAUUUCAUCCCCAAUAACAACUCCAGCAAAGCCAAGCACUUUAAGGAAAUCUUCUGGCAAGAAGAAACCAAGCAAAUCAUCAAAAGACAUGAAUAGUAAACACUCUAAAAAGACACUGCGCAAUAGUCCUGACCAAUCAGAUAGAGAGAAUGGAGAGUGCCCAUAUUCAGACCUCGAUUCAGUCCCUAAGAUUUUGUGUCCUAAAGCACUUGAACGUCAACCUAAGCUAGUUCCGACUCAGCUGUCUGUUACGGUUGUCAAAGAGGUGAAGAAGCAGCCAGAAAUUCAAAGUGGUCUUUGGUUCAGUAAAUCAGGCAAAGACAGACGACCUAAAACUACCAGUCCGAUGCCAGACCGCACUCUCUUCAGCAAGGCGUCGUGUAAGAAAAAGAACCAGUCAGUUGUCAGUAAAAAGAUGCUGGUUACAAGUGUCUCCUCUAGUGGAGGGACCAGUGACCACUCAGGGUCGUCAGACAAGCAUAAGAUUCUGGUACCUGCUGAAGCAAAUCUGCCUCCUGAACAGUCAGGAAAUAUGAAGUGUAAAAACACCCCGGUCGCCAGUAAGUGUUCUGAUACAACUGGCAGUCUUGCUGACCAGUCAGGACUGUCAGACAAGCAGAAGUCCCCGGUGUCUGUUGAGACCGGUGUGCCCUCUGACAAGUGUGGAUACUCAAAGAGUAGUCAGACACCCACUAAUACAGCAGACACUGUUAUUGGCCCGACGUCUGAUCAGUUUGGUAGCUCAGAUGUUAAAAAGGCCUUAGAUCCCAGCAUGAAAGUUAGUCUCAGUGACCAAUCCAGGUUGUCAGAAAGUGUAAAGAGUGUCAGUCGAACUGAACAUCCUGACAUGAUGGCUAAUAAAAAGGUCCCUGUAAUCGACAGGAUUUCCAAUCAAGCAGAGGAAAAAGAAAGUAACAAAAGUCCAGUGUCCAGUUUAAAUGCUGACAAUACUGACUCAUUAGCAAUUCUAGGAAAGCAGACAAGUCUGGUCUCUAAGUGUAGGCUCCCCUUUGUCAAAUUAAUACGCAAGGACAUGAAAGGUAAGAAGUUCCUGAAGUCCAGUGUAACCAUUAGUCCCACUGACCAAACUGGAUGCACAAAGAAAGAAAAGACACCAGAUAAUAAUGUGACUAAAAUUUCCUCGAAACAAUCAGACUGGGUGGAUGACAAGGCAAGUGUCUCCUUAGAUCAGGCAUUCAAUUCAGAAUCUAUAAAGGUUUCAGUUGUGAAGUUAAAAGCAAGUGGUGGGAAUGGUGUGCUUCAUCUUUCAUCAGAAUCAUCACAAGGGAAAACUGUUGUGGCCUCCAGUGUGGCAGGUGACUCUGGUGAUGGGUCAGGUAGCCCAGAGGUGGAGAGGAUACCAGUUUUAGAUGUAAGACCCAGCAAUGUGACGUCCACGUCCUCUAAUCAGUCAGACCGGUCAGAAAGUAAGAAGACUCCUGCCGCCGAUGUAACAAACACGUCUGCUGAGCAGUUGGCCAGCUCAGCGCAAAGAAAAACUUCUGUCACUAGUACAUCAUAUAACUCAAUUCGGCCUUUUCACCAGCAAGGGAAUUCAGCAACUAGGAAGGCUCCUGUUUCCAAAGGCAUGUCUUCUGUGAAAUCCAAGAAGGUUGUCCACAAAUCAAAGCAGGUUCCAGAUGAAGUGAAUAAAGUCAUACAUGAGCAGCCUGCACACCUUCCAGCCAGCAGUCGGCUGAUGACCAGAGCCCUGAAAGCCAUGCAGGAGGCAGAGCAGAAGAAGAAGGAAAAAGCCCAAAAGGAAGCUGAGCAGAAAGAAACCUUAAAACCGUUCAAAAAAGCAGAGGACCUCGUGCGCCACUCUGCGCGUAACUCCACUUGGAAUCCAGGGACCAAACUAGACUCUUGCACUAAAAGGAAAUCUCUUAAAUCUCAUUACAAUGACAACGGUGAGUGUGAUCAGGACACACUGUCUAGCUGUAGCAGCACCCCUUUGAUGCUCUCUGAUUCAACUGACUUUGAAGCUGAUGUCAAGAGCGAAGAUGAAGACCUCUCUAUAUCCUCAACUCCACCGAUGGACUUCAUACCCCUUACUUCUAAGGUAAAAGCAAAGAAGGAAGAUCAGUCCUCCGACAUAUGCUCCUCAUCCUCACCUUCCUCCCCUUUUUCUUUUAUGAAUGCCUUUAAAAACGUGAAGCAGGUGUCCUUCCAGUCUCUGACAAAUGAGGGCGAUGGUAAGCCCAUCUCUUUCAAAGCAAACACAAACUACAAGUUCAGCACUUUUCUCAUGAUGUUGAAGGACUUGCAUGACACUAGAGAGCGAGAAGGGGCCCCCUUAGAACUGGAGAUCGGGCCACCAAGUGCACAUGUUAAGGAGGAGCCGUUAGUGAUGCCUGGGGAGGCUAAACCCACAAGCCCAGAUCAACCAAUUGGACAUGUCAGUAACAAUUCAAAUUCAAGUCCAGAAAAAAACAAACUCACACAAGACAGCACAAGUCAGAUUUUGAAGAGGCCCUAUAACAGAAGGGGCAGCUGCACAGGAGGGAAAAAGAAAGCCAACCGCAAAGUGCCUUGUCGUCCUGCCAGGUCUGGACCUGGUUUCCCAGGACUGGAGUCCUCACCAGGAAUUGCAUCCUUACCAACAGUGGACUCUUCAUCAGGAGUGGAUAGCUCAUCAAGAGUCCAGUCCUUGUUGGGCAUGCCGGCCAGCAGCUGGGAGAGGCAGGCUAGAGGUGGUGAAGCAGUGGUUCGGGAGGAGGAGGGGGAAGAGAGGUGGAGCAGAGUAAAUGAGAAUCUACAGAACAUGGUGCCUUUGGAGCAGCGGGGGUCCGACACUACGCUGUGUCUGGGACAGCCGAAUGGCCUUGUUGCAGACUGCACUGAGACUAACACAAGCUUGAUGAACAAUGCUGGAGGACGCGACAAGGCUCCAACAGCACAUAAGCGAAUAAGAAAACCAAGCAAGAGGCUGAUUGAAUGGACUGAAGAGUACGACCAGAUUUUCUCCACAAGGAAGAAAACCAAAAAGCCUCUCCAGUCGAUUGGAAAGGCAGCUCAACCCAUUACCUCCAUGUCUGAACCCCCGGGAUCGGACACGAACGCACAUGACCACCCAUCCUUGAACUUGCUUCCUGAAAUACAGACACCACCUCCUGAGGAAAUCGCUGCAACGACGCCCUCUGAACUACAAAUUCCGAGCACUGAAAACACAGCUCCCCAAGAUGCACCCGUGCUUUCCAUCGACACACUGACCCCUCCUCCCGAAGCUGAACCCUUGCUGUCAGAAGGCCUCGUGAAAGACAGCGGAAACGCUCCUCUGCUGGAGAAGAAGCGGAAGAGGAAACCCACUCAGAAGAUCCUGGAGUACUGUCUGGAGGCGGAGGCUGCUACAGGCCCCAAGAAGAAGGUCAAAACACUGAAGAACAAUUCAAAUCCUGCCCCUCAGCCAGAUCCAGGGCCACCGUCUUUAAAAUCAAAGAGUAAGCAUCCUACAGCAUCCACCUCCACACUGACGACCCCAGAGGUUCCCACCCGCACACCCACGCCCUCCAUUCAGACCAGUCUCGCUCCCAGCACUCCGGCACCGACCACUCCUGCGCCAGCUCCACCCGAACCCAGCCGGGUGGAGGCAGCGUCACCGGACGUCGAGGCUCCUCAGCCAGAGGACAGUAAGGCUCAGGAGGUCAAAAAGGACACCGCAGAGUCAGAGGGUGACCCGUCCAGCUUGGCUCACAGCUUCUCCUCCAUGAAGGACGAUUUGUCGCUGUGCGACGACCCACUUUUACCCUCGAGGAAGAUCAUAGGGGACCGAGGAGGCCCUGCCUCCAUGAAGGAGAACAUAUGUCAGGUGUGUGAAAAGACGGGAGAGCUGCUGCUCUGUGAGGGUCAGUGCUGUGGAGCCUUCCACCUGCCCUGCAUCUCUCUGGCUGAGGCGCCAAAAGGGAAGUUCGUCUGUCCUGAAUGCAAAUCAGGCAUCCACACCUGCUUUGUAUGUAAAAAGCGCAGUGAGGAUGUGCGGCGCUGCAUGAUCCCCGUGUGUGGGAAGUUUUACCACGGGGAGUGUAUCGCCAGCUUCGCCCCGACUGCGCCUGUGAACCGAGGCUUCCGCUGCUCCAUCCACGUCUGCCUCACCUGCUUCAUCACCAAUCCCAACAGCGUGUCCAUCUCUAAAGGUCGUCUGGUACGGUGCGUGCGCUGCCCUGUGGCCUAUCAUGCUACAGACCUCUGCAUGGCAGCGGGCAGUGUUGUCCUCUCCAACAACAGCAUCAUCUGUCCCAACCACUUCACCCCCCGCCGCGGCGUCAAGAACCACGAACACGUCAACGUCAGUUGGUGCUUCGUCUGCACAGAGGGGGGAAGUCUGCUGUGCUGCGAGUCCUGUCCUGCUGCCUUCCACCGGGAGUGUCUGAACAUUGAGAUGCCUAAAGGCAGCUGGUACUGCAACGACUGCAAAGCUGGGAAGAAACCUCGCUACAAGGACAUCCUCUGGGUCAAAGUUGGGCGGUACAGGUGGUGGCCAGCGGAGGUCAGCCAUCCCAAAACCAUCCCAGAGAACAUCCAGCGGAUGAGGCACGAUGUCGGCGAGUUCCCUGUUCACUUCUUUGGCUCCAACGACUACCUGUGGACCUACCAGGCCAGAGUCUUCCCUUAUAUGGACGUGGACGCCAACAGCAAAGAAAAGAUGGGGAAAGGUGUCGAUGCCACCUACAAGAAAGCUCUGGAGGAGGCAGCUGUGCGAUUUCGAGAGCUGCAGGCAGAGAAGGAGCUUCGGCAGCUUCAAGAGGACAGGAAGAACGACAGGAAGCCCCCUCCGUACAAACAUAUUAAGGUGAAUCGUCCAAUAGGAAAGGUUCAGAUCUUUACGGCCGACCUAUCGGAGAUCCCGCGCUGUAACUGUAAGGCGACGGACGAGAGCCCGUGCGGGAUGGACUCAGAGUGCAUCAACCGCAUGCUGCUGUACGAAUGCCACCCACAGGUUUGCCCGGCGGGUGAACGCUGCCUCAACCAGGCGUUCACCAAGCGUCAAUACAGCCAGGUGGAGAUCUUCAGGACUCUGUCCCGAGGCUGGGGGCUCCGCUGCGUCCAUGACAUCAAGAAGGGUCAGUUUGUGAGCGAGUACGUCGGAGAGGUGAUCGACGAGGAGGAGUGCAGGUCCAGGAUCAGACACGCACAGGAGAACGACAUCUGUAACUUCUACAUGUUAACUCUGGACAAGGACCGGAUCAUCGAUGCUGGGCCGAAGGGGAACGAGGCUCGCUUCAUGAACCACAGCUGUCAGCCGAACUGUGAGACCCAGAAGUGGACGGUGAGCGGAGACACCCGGGUGGGACUGUUUGCUCUCGUCGACGUUGCUGCAGGCACAGAGCUUACCUUCAACUACAACCUGGAGUGUUUAGGGAACGGGAAGACAGUCUGUAAAUGUGGAGCACCCAACUGCAGCGGCUUCCUGGGCGUCAGGCCAAAGAACAACCCUCCAUCCGAAGACAAGGGUCGGAAGAUGAAGAGGAGAGGCCACGGCAAGAAGAAGAACAAGGUGGUGGUGACCAAAGAAAGAGAGGAUGAGUGUUUCAGCUGCGGAGACGGAGGACAGAUGGUUUCCUGUAAGAGACCUGGAUGUCCAAAGGUUUACCACGCCGACUGCCUCAACCUCACCAAGAGGCCUGCAGGUCGAUGGGAAUGUCCGUGGCACCAGUGCGACAUAUGCGGUAAAGAUGCGGCGUCCUUCUGUGAGAUGUGUCCCAGUUCUUACUGCUGCCAGCACCGUGACGGACUGCUCUUCAUCUCCAAGCUGGACGGUAAGCUGUCGUGCAGUGAACACGACCCCUGUGGCCCUGAACCGCUGGAACCGGGGGAGAUCCGAGAGUACACCCCUGAACCCAGAGCCCUGACCUCUGGGCUGGGCAUGGCCGUCAUCCCCGCCGCCGCCGCUUCUAACGCUCUGAACCCGACUGCCAGGAAGGCCAAGGACAGCAGUGCCGGCGCUGACGUGUGUGCUUCUGAGUCAUUUCCUGCUUUUUCCAUCCCGGUGCCCAUCACCAUUCCUGUCGCUGCUCCUGCCGCCUCGCCUCCCCCCAGCAGCUCCGAUGCUCCCAGCAGCCCGCAGGCGUUCGACCUCCCGCACUACUCGCCCAUCUCUUCAUAUGAGGAGGAGAGGGACGUCUUAGAAGAGGAAGAGGAGGAGGAGGAGGAUGAGGAGGAGGAGGAAAUUCUGACAGAAGUGGAGGAGGAGUUAGUGGAAGAGAGUGAGAAAGAAGAGAAAUCAGAUCCUCAUGAAGAGGAUGGAGAGGCGGUGAUGGAGGAGGCCAGGCUGGAAUACUUGGAGAUCAAAGAGGAUGAAGAGGAGGAGGAGGAGGAGGAGGAGGACGAUGCCGAUGACGACGACAACGACGACGAUGAAGACGACGAAGACGAUGAAGACGAUGACGACGACGAUGACGAGGAGGAGGAGGAAGAAGAGGAGGAAGAGGAGUAACAUACAGAUGAUUAUUAUUUAUACUGGCACAGUACAUGGAGGAAGAACAAGCAGUCAGACAACAAGACAUCACAGUCGCUGCAGUGGGGAAACACUUGGCGAUCAACCAAUCGCAUUACACAAGUAGACCAGUCUGUCACUGUUUUUAUCCAGUGUGCAGGUGCACGUACGGAGGAAUUUUUAGGACAACACUAAAAUCAGUUCAUAAAUAAAUUGUGAUGUCAUUAAAUAAACAGAAUAAAUACUGUGUAGACUCACAGCAGUUGCACAAAUUAUUUAAAGAUUUAUUGAUUUAGUUUUGUCCUAUUAAUGGCUCCAUGUUCCCUGACCUUGGUACACACUUGCUGUCGAGGCAGUUCAUGUCACAGUGACUUUGCACAAACUGGCUGCACCUUCAUAUGGGAGAUCUGACAGAGAAAAAUUAAUCUGGAACUGCGACAUAAAACUUGGCGUUUGUAAACAUAUUUCACUCCGAUGUACUUGUUUUCUCACAUUUCGACCAAUUUCACCUGACGAUUUGUUUUGGUAUUUCUUUGAGUAGUAGUUCAGGUGUCAUAUAUGUCAGCGAGUUGACCUGCAAAAGCUUAAAUGUAGUUGGAGACAAUUAUUGUAUCUGGUGUGUUGGUGUUUAAUGCAAGAAAAGACUACACUAGCUUCCUGUCAGGGUGGGGACUAAACUCUGCAGCCCAUGAAUCCUGGGACAGGAGGAUUACCAACAGUCACAGACUUCUAACCCGGUUACAUUGGAAUUACACUGGCCUCAUUUACAUGGCUGCAGUUGGAUGGUGGCUGUGGUGACAAAAGUAUCAGAAAAAAAAAACAUGAAUUUGUCUGUAAAUAAACCAGUUUCAGUCAGGUUGUGCUUUCAGUCAUGAACACUGUUCCAAAUGAAACAUAACCAGCCUCUGCUGAACUGAAACUUGUCCGUGUGGUCAGUGGACUUAGUUCAGUGAUUGUGUUAUUUUACUGGACGCACACUCCUGUCUAUAUCACCUGCCACAACCACUUGAAUCCACUUCCCUCCAGGAUGGACGACCUGAUGCGCAGGAGUCGUCGCUUCCAUCAACACCGCUCUCCCCUUCGUUUCCAGUUCUUCUUCACGCCUCAGAUCAUUAGGUGGUGGUUCAAGAUGGGACCAUCUAUAAAAAUGUGAAAGUGCCAGAUGAUAGUGAUGGUGAUAGUUUUGGAUUGAAGCUGCUAGUAGCAAGUAUGAGGAAGAAAUAUUCUCUUGACCAUUUCAUGCCAAAAAAAAGGAUCCUAAACUGACAUGGAGUCAGUGUUUGACCAGGCUUCAUGUCAGGGUGGGAAAGAUAUAGAGAAAGUAUUUAUGCCAUCAUGGAACACUAAAACUGUCUAAGAUAAAGAAGCUAGUAGGUUAUUUAGCAGCUCCAUAAGUCAGGCUGAGGCAGGUUGGACUGCACAGACUGAUGCUCCGGAAGCUGGUAGAGUAAAACGAAAACUCAGUCUUGCCCUUGUGGUUGCUGGUGGUCGUGAUGCAGAGAUAGCACUAAGUUCGCUCGAGUGUGUAUGCUGUUUAUAUAUUAUUCUGUGACGCACAAAUGACAACGGGCGUGAGUGGGGGUGUUAGCUCUCCCUCUCCUCGUUCUUGACUCUCCACCGAGGGGAAACAAAAGUCGUCGAUUGGAUAACGAAAACGACGGACUUCUGCCACGAUGCUUGCACUUCAGUAUGUGUUCUUGCCACAUGCGUUUCGCUCUGUCUUCAAGCUUAUAAUAUUGUCUGUGUGUUAUCUGCCAAUGCCUUAGAGUGUAUUUCUUUGGAGAUAUUUUUAAGGAAUGGUUUGGCGCCCGUGAGAGCCAAGUUUCCCUGAUAAUGCCUUUUUACAGUUGCCCAACAAGCAAUGUUUCAUUCCAGUGUAAUUAUGACCUGUUUGAUCUCAACCAUUGACCAGUAAACUGCUAUAUAAAUAUAUAAGAAGAUGAAGUUAUAAAAUAA